AUGGAAAAGUUAAACCGAAUUGUACAUGAAUUGUGCGAAAACUCAAAUGGUGGCGGUUUAGAUGUGAAAGAACAUUCACACUGUCACAGAGCUCAAGAUGUAAACGAAGUUCCUGAAGAUAAGCAAAUGUUCGAGAGAAACAUGAUAGGACGAAUGAUGGCACUGGUUAGGAAUGAUUAUGUGAAUGAACCGCAUCAACUUGAGCAGCUUUGUAAUUUUGGAAUUUCUCCUGUUGUGCCGCGUAUGAAACACGUAGAGCUUCAACUUGUUGAUGGUAGUUGUCACGAACGAUCUGGACUCUAUUUGUAUACUUCUGAUGAAGCGAUUCCAUUUGUCGGACACGAUAUUUCUCCAUCGCUUCCACCAUUUUCCGAACUCGUGAAAGUCGUUCCGCUCUGUAACGUCAAGUAA